AUGGACAAGAAAUUUAGAUUCAAUGUAGCGGACAACAACCAACCCGAUUAUAGAGUUAGAGUCGUAGAGAACAGCGAACCCAACCAAGACGUGAUCACCAACCCUGACCCAGGUUUCUACAGGCCCACAAAUGGUCAAAACGGCGACCAAAUCGUAAUCAGCAACCCCGACCCAGGUUUCUACUUGCCCACAAACCAGAAUUCCAACAACGGUGGCUACGAACCGAUUAGCUCUGGCCCGGCAUUAGUUGAGGGUUCUAGGCCCAACUACCCACCAAAGCAAUAUCCAUCCCCUUAUGCGCGCGACGGAAAGUAAGGACGUUUUCAACAAGCACACAAAAUAUCAUUAAUGUAAUUAUAAUUUAAAUAAUUCAUUUGUUUAAAUUACACAGCAGUUAUUAAUAUAAA